CACACCUUUGCACCUUUGCACCUUCGCACCUUCACACCUUCACACCUUCACACUUUCAUACCACACCUUCCCACCUGGCACAGUCCGUCGCCCGACAGAGCUGCCGUUUCUCCUCGAUUUCAGCCGGCCAACUUACAGCAGUUUGCCCACGAGCCCGAAACUGGCUUUAUCUACUGCCUGGCCGAGCCGAGUCUGGUGCUCACGGCGCAUCGCAAGGCCGGUCGACAAGAGAAGCGUUUCGGCUCUCAGGGCGACUGGCAGCUGAUGCUUCAGAAGCGAGCUGCCGGGAGGCUGAGGCAGUCUUGGAUUUUGGACAGUAACGGGUGA